AUGCCAGGUAGGAGCUUGCCCGCCAAGCCCCCAGCUUUUAGCUUGCAAACGCUGCAGCUGGCACAGUUCGGGCAAAACGACACCUUCUACGACGUGGAGCUUGCUGGCAUCGGCUUCGAUGGGAGGGAGUACAUUAGAAUUGUGGACGACUAUACGCGCUGCGGAACCCGGUUUUCAGACGAAAGCAGCCUUGAUGUCUCCGGCCUGCUGCCGAACCAAGCAAGCCAAGUCGUGAACAUGGGCCGGGGAAUCAGGUGGAGAAACAUCAAGUUCCUCAGGCCGGCAGCGUACAGAGUCUGCUACUGCUACUGUGGCCAGGGCAAAAACGUUGGACAAUGUUGCCAACUCGGCGAGGACUUUUACACCGACAUUGCCUCCAUCUUUGUUGCAAUUCCGCGGCAAGAUGGGACGGAGCCUGUGCUCCAGGCUCCGAUGGUGGUGCCCGACAUGCGUCCGAUGCAUCCUCCUCCUGGUCUCUGGGGUGUUUUCCCGAAGGAUAUUACGCGGACGAUCCGCAUUCGAGCCCAGACUCGAAGAAGCCCCGCCCAUGCUGGGUCGGUCGGGCCGAUCGAGGUGAAGAUCUUCCAAGUUUGGCCAUCGAUGACAGUCCUUGCGACCUUCCAACUGACGGAUUUGGCCACAGGGCAGCUUCAAGGCUUCGAGAAGCCCGUUCUUCUGGAUGUGGACGGCAACCCCCAUGGCAUCGAGGUGGUGAGCCAUUCGCUCUGGCCUUGGCACAUCUACAUGCAAGAGAGGAUGGAUGCCUGGUACCCAGAAUGGAUCGAGGUGGACAUCGAAGGAAUCGGCUCGCACCGCUUUCAGAUGGAAGGUUGGACCGCGUCGCCGGCAGAUCGCCAGGUCCGCUACGUCACACAGGGACUGCAGCCUCCGCCCAUGCUUCCGACGAUGCUGCCGCCUCCGAACGUGGAGCUCUGGGAAUCGCAUGCAUUUGUCCUCGACGCCUGUGGUGGAUGUCGGCCGGGCUUCCAGUGCACGGAGGAAGAAGCUUCAAUGGUCGAGCGACUGCAAAGAGAGUCAUUGCUGGGCCUGAUCUGGGACGAGGAUGGUGCCAGUGAUCCUGAGGCUGCCCGCCUGGCCGUCUACCUUGCAAGGUGCCGGCCGGUUUGUGGCGACGGCCAGGCACAGCCGGGUGAACAGUGCGACGACGGCAACCUGCGAAGUCUCGAUGGCUGCAGCGGUCGCUGCCAGGUGGAAUCCGGCUUCGAGUGUGCCAAUUUCGCUGAUGCUCCCAGCAGCUGUUGGCCGAG